UUAUUUACUCUGACAACAUUCUCCAGUAAUAUCCACUCGUCCCACUUUAUCCUCCCAUUCUCUCCGUUUCCCACCAAUUCAUGGCGUCCUUCAUCUCUUCCACUAAGCCACCCGGAACGAUGCUCUGCAUUUCCUUCCCACUUCGUACUCCCAAACCCACAAUUCCAUUUUACAUCCACUGUGCCCUCACCCUUAAUAGCAGCAAUUCAAACAACAAUAACAAAAUCAAUAGUAAACCCCACAAGAAAGGAAAACCGCCCAUGAAUAAUCCCUCCAGGAACCCGAGAAAGAAACCGUCAUAUGGAACCUCCAGGAGGUCUGCCAUCAAGAAAAGCUUUAGCCAAGAGCAGGUGGUGUUCACCGGUCAGGUCUCGGAUGACCCGGUUGUUGGAAUUAUUGGAGGUGGCAUGUCCGGCCUCGCGUGUGCUCUUUAUUUGGAGAAAAGAGGGAUUAAAUCCACUGUCUUUGACACGGGACUUCGUGGGUUGGGAGGAAGAAUGGGAACCAGAAAAAUUCAUCCUGAGGGCUUGAUAUUUGACCACGCGGCUCAGUUCUUUACAGUUACUGACCCUAAGUUUGCUGAGAUGGUUGAUGACUGGUCCAGGAAAGGUCUGGUUCGUCAAUGGCAGGGUAUAAUCGGAGAGCUUGAAGUUGGCGGACGGUUUGCUCCACUUCCUACUUCUCCUCCAAGAUAUAUAGGCGUUAAUGGAAUGCGCCCUCUUGCAGAUUCCAUAUUGUCUCAGACAUCUAUGGUGGAUGUGGUACGGCCUUGCUGGGUGAGUGCACUAGAGCCGUAUAAUGGGAAAUGGUACUUGAGUGAGAAGGGGGAACUUUGUGGACAGUUUGAUGCCAUCGUUAUUGCACACAAUGGAAAAUGUGCGAAUCGUUUGCUUGCUUCAUCAGGCUUACCAUUAAUUGCUAGACAAAUGAAGAGUCUGGAUUUGAGUUCUAUAUGGGCACUUCUUGCAGCAUUUGAAGAUCCUGUUCCUGUCCCUUCCGCGGAAUCUGCAUUCCCUUUUGAAGGAGCAUUUGUUAAAGGUGUUGAUUCUCUCUCAUGGAUGGCAAACAACACCAAGAAACUUUUGAGUUCCCAAGAUACUGGCCUUGAAUGCUGGACCUUUCUCAGCACGGCAACGUUUGGGAAGCAGAAUAAAGUUCCUCAGGAAAGUAUCCCGACUGCUGCAGCAGAAAAGGUGAUGGACUUGAUGCUUGAAGGUGUUGAGAAAGCAUUAGGACUACGAAAAUGCUCACUCAAAAAGCCUUUCUAUAGUCGUGUACAGUUAUGGGGUGCAGCUCUUCCCACUAAUUCUCCUGGCAUCCCCUGCAUCUUUGAUCCUCAAGGAAGGGCUGGCAUAUGUGGUGAUUGGUUAUUGGGAUCGAGCUUAGAAGCUGCAGCUUUAAGUGGCAUGGCUCUUGCUAAUCAUAUUGCAGAUUACCUCCAAAGUGGUGGAACAUGUCCAGAUGAGUUUGCCGUUGGGUUGCACAAUGAAUUUCGUCCUCUUAAUGGACAUGAUAUUGGCCAGUUUCCUGGAUUGGCGUCUCAAGGACAAUUACACGAGUCCCAUGCCUUAAAUCUUACUACCUGAAUUUACUCCGGUGAUAAUUAUGUUUGCAAUUCCUAGGAUGAUUAGACGGUUCGAGAGAGUGCAAGGAUUUCAUGUUUAAAGAAUAUGCAGGAGUAUGAAUACCAGAAAACAAAGCUGGUGAGUUUUAUUUGCUGUAUUGCCCAGACUGUGCAAGUUUACCUGAACAUUUCCUCGUGGAUCUCUACAAAGGUAAACCUUUGCAACGUAAAAUUUGCCUCUAAUUAUGAUUUCUUGUACUUGCUGCGUAAAGGCAUGAACUAUCGCAUGCAAGAUGGGAUUUUGCUGAAUCAGUCUUCUGGUCCUUUUUGCCGCCAACAGGCAAAUAGAAACAUUUGAGCUGUUAAUAGCAGUACCGAGAAGCUUUGUAAGUUAAGCUAUUUGUAUGGACACUAAGAUGUUGUGACUAAAAUUUGGAUCCAAACAGGCGGGAGGCUGGCACGAAAGUGAUAAUGGAGUUUUGGUUCAGCUGGUUCGAUAAUUAGUAAUGUCUUACUGAAGAACCGGGUUCUUGGUUUUGUUUAUCAAGCUGAAUGAGGACAAUUGUCCCAAAUUUCUUUUAUCUUUUCCGUUCUUGGAAUUCUAGUUGGUACAUGUUUUCGCUCGUUUGACUUCAGUGCAAGAAACAUGUUUGCUUAUUUUUAUUUAUUUUUAAAUGCAGA